AUGUCAGAGGAAAUACCCGCCCCUCAGAUACUAGACGAGUUGGAUCGUUCUCAAAAAUUUCAAAGAGUAUUCAAGGAUGUCUUAGCGGGAACUUUUAGCGGUGUCGCACAAGUCUUGGUAGGUCAGCCAUUUGAUAUCACUAAAGUACGUUUACAAACACAUAGAGGACACACAACGGCGUUCAAUGUUAUCAAAGAUUUAAUUAAAAAUGAAGGUUUUGCGGGUUUUUACAAAGGUACACUGGCACCGUUAGCUGGUGUGGGUGCUUGCGUUUCAUGCCAAUUUGGUGUCAAUGAGGCAAUGAAACGUUACUUCCAUGCAAGAAAUGGUAGUAAGACCCAGCCAUUGACAUUGGAUCAAUACUACGCUUGCGGUGCAGUUAGUGGUGCUGCAAAUGCAUUUUUGGCUACACCCAUCGAACACGUUAGAAUUAGAUUACAGUUACAGAAGAGGGCAUUGGCUUCGAGUGAAUAUCGUGGUGCAAUUGACUGUACAAAGAAACUAAUUAAACAAGGUAAAUUGAUGAGAGGUCUGCCUGCGACUUUGUUAAGAACAUCACAUGGGUUUGGUAUCUACUUCUUAACCUAUGAAUAUUUGUGCAACUUGGAAGCCGCCAGAGGCAUAAAGAAACCUGAUAUUCCAACUUGGAGAGUUUGUGGAUUUGGUGCCAUUGCAGGUGCUCUUUUCUGGUCAUUGACAUAUCCAUUUGAUGUUGUUAAGAGUGUGAUGCAGGCUGAUAGACUAACAAACCCACAACAUGGUAACACCAUUUGGCAAGUGACAAAGACAUUGUACAAAGAGGGUGGAGCAAGAGUUUUUGUUAAGGGGUUUACACCAACGAUUUUAAGAUCGUUGCCUGUUAACGGUGCUACUUUCGCAGCAUUUGAAGUUGCAAUGAGGAUUUUGAACUGA